AAUUCACACAAGGACCUCGAUUCAAUUCUUCUUCUUCAUCAUCUUCUUCAUCUUCUUGUUCUUCUUGGUGUUUGUUCUGAAAUUCUCACCCUUUUCACUCUCUUCAGUUUCUCUUCACCGAAAAUUUGAGCUUCUUCUUCCCAAAAAGCCCUCGGCUUCGUCUCAAAAAUGCCCAAUCCUUACCCUUACACAUAGCCGCCGCCACCAACCACCGCCGAUCUGCGAUUCCGAUACCGAAGAAAAUAAAAAAUGAUCGUUCGCACUUACGGUCGACGCAACAGAACCAUUUCAAGAACGUGCUCGGGCUCUUCGCUAAACGACGACGUCUCGGACUCGGAACCCUUCGUGAGAAGCUCGCUUUCACAGUCCCAAGAAAGCUCCCAACAGGACAACCUCUACGGCUUCGCAUUCUCGUCGCAGGACUCAUCCUCGCAUUGGUCCCUCUUCGAUUCCGACCCCAAUUCGAUCGACGCUUUGUGCGGCGGCGACCCCGGCGGCGGGGGGAGGGAGUCCAAGAAGGCGAGGAGGGCGGCAGAGAAGAAGGCGGCGAACGUGCUCUCGAUUCCGGCGACGUCGACGCUGAUGGAGGCGCAGGAGUUUGGUGAGAUGAUGGAGCACGUGGAUGAGGUCAAUUUCGCACUCGAUGGGCUUCGCAAGGGUCAGCCUUUGCGGAUCAGAAGGGCUAGCUUGGUGUCACUCUUGUCCAUAUGUGCCACCACGCAGCAGCGAAGGCUUCUGCGGACUCAAGGGAUGGCAAAGACAAUAAUUGAUGCUAUUUUGGGCCUCGGUCUUGAUGAUUCUCCCAGCAAUCUUGCAGCUGCUACCCUUUUCUACAUUUUGACCAGUGAUGGUCAGGAUGAUCACCUUCUUGAAUCACCUGGUUGUGUUCAAUUUCUAAUCAAGUUGUUAAGACCAAUUGUAUCCACAGCUAUUGCAGACAAAGCACCAAAAUUUGGCUCUAAACUUCUAUCAUUGCGUCAGAAUGAUGACAUGCAAAAAAAUACAACGGGAAGAGUGGACUCCAGUUCUGUUGCAAUUUUUUCUAAAGUUCAAGAAAUUCUAGUAAAUUGCAAAGAACUAAAAACAACCUGUCAGAAUGACAACGGGGUUAAGAGGCCAGAGUUAUGCCCAAAAUGGUUAGCAUUGCUGACUACGGAGAAGGCUUGUUUAUCUGCCAUUUCUCUUGAUGAAACCUCUGGUGCUGUACGGAAGACUGGUGGAAAUUUUAAGGAAAAACUACGGGAGCAUGGAGGACUUGAUGCUGUCUUUGAAGUCACCAUGAAUUGUCAUUCAGAUUUGGAGAAUUGGAUGGAGGAUAGUUCUCUGUCCACCAAAGAUUUGAGAAAUGAAAAACGUCUGAAGAGCUUAACCUUGCUUCUCAAAUGCCUGAAGAUAAUGGAAAAUGCUACUUUCCUAAGUGCAGACAAUCAGUCUCAUUUGCUUGGAAUGAAAGGAAAAUUGAGUCGUCAGGCAACCCCAUUUUCUUUUACGGAGCUGAUAAUAACUGUUAUAAAGAUCCUCUCAGAUCUAUAUUUACGUCGGAGGGCCUCUGCUGUAUCCAUUGAUAGCAAGCCUUACGAUCUUUUCUCUAUGGUCAGUCAAGAUGCUGAAUUGGAUCCUCUAAGAGACUAUAAAGAAAAUGAGACUUUAUCCAUCAGUUCCAGUAGAAAGUACUCUGGUGUGGAGAGAGCCUCUUCUGUUAAGAGUUCUACUAUUUCUCAGAACAGCAGACUGUUUACAUGUACUCAGUUGGAAAGUUCACUAUCCAAUUCUGAAACUCCGAGCACUUCAGCUACUGAUACUUAUUCACUAAAGAUGAGGGUUAGUUCUUCCACGUCUGGGUCUUGUAGUGCUGCAUCAAAAAGUUCAUACUCUAACACAUCCAUGAUCCAAAAUAGUUCAAGGAAGAAUGUGCGUUUUACAGAAGGUACCCCAGUUGUAAUCUUGGAUGAUAGCCAAGAUCCCUUUGCAUUUGAUGAGGAUGACUAUGCACCCUCUAAGUGGGACCUACUAUCAGGGAAACAAAAAAGAUCUAAUUCUAAAAGGCAUGAGAUAGCAAAGAAAGUAUUUGACGAUGGAUGUCAAUCUCAGACCUAUGUAAGCAAGCAAGAAAUAAAUGACAGGGAUAUCAAUUGUUCCAGUUCUAACGUUGGUGAUGAUGAAGGUUCCAGCCUUCUAACUGAUUGCCUUCUUACUGCUGUGAAGGUGCUGAUGAAUUUGACUAAUGACAACCCUGUUGGCUGUCAGCAAAUUGCCUCCCAUGGAGGAUUGGAGACUAUGUCUAUGUUAAUUGCUGGUCAUUUCCCUUCUUUCAGCUCCCCUUUCUCCUUUGCUCAGAUAAAAGAAAAUGCUUCAAGAACUGCAAAAGACCAUCAAAAUGAUAGGCAUCUAACUGAUAAUGAGUUGGAUUUUCUUGUUGCUAUUCUGGGCCUGCUUGUAAACCUAGUUGAGAAGGAUGGCCGAAACAGAUCACGGCUUGCAGCAGCCAGUGUUUUACUACCUUUUUCAGAAGGCUUGGACAAGGAGGUUCGGAGGGAUGUUAUUCAAUUAUUAUGCUCUAUUUUCUUGGCCAACCAGGGUGAAAGUGAAGCAGCUGGGGAAGAUAAACAAUUACAACUGAAUGAUGAGGCAGCUGUUCUACAAGGUGAAAAAGAAGCUGAGAAAAUGAUUGUGGAAGCUUAUUCUGCGCUGCUUCUGGCAUUUCUUUCCACCGAAAGCAAGAGCAUCCGUGCAGCAAUUGCUGACAAUCUUCCAGAUCACAACUUAGCUAGUCUUGUACCUGUGUUGGACAGAUUUGUGGAAUUUCAUAUGUCUUUGAACAUGAUUUCACCGGAGACUCAUAGAGCUGUCAGCGAGGUCAUCGAAUCAUGUAGAAUUCCAUGAAAGCUUAGCAAAUGGAAAACUCUGUACAGCCCCACGGCUUUCUUUCGGGCUGCUUGUUACUCCGGAGGAAAUGAGAGUGCUGCAAAUCACUUCAUUACAAAGUCUGACCAACUUUUAUAAUCUCUGUUCACAGCGCUUAUACCCUUAUUUUUAUAUCACCGUGCUGGUGAUGCUGAGAUGCUUGUAUACAAAAUUCGAUUGUGGGAUGCGUUCCUAGCAUAGUUUGUGUGUAAUCAAUAGUGGUAAUUUCUUUUCCCCAAUAUUUUUGUUUAUUCAUUCAUUUUCUUGUAUUAGAAGCUUAUAUCUUUUGUACAAGUGCUCAAGUCCUUUGUUUCUCCAUCUUUCUCAGAAACUUGAUACAAGCUCAAGCUGAACUAGUCUUAUUUAAUCUUAGUACAAUUAGAGAUUUGUGCAUUAAUCGCAUCUCAUUCAGGAGCUAGAUUUGUCUAAACCAUAAGCUGCAAUGGUGUUCCCAUAGUGGAUAUUGAACAUUAUGUAGCAUUACCGGAAAG